CUCGCAUCUACUUUCCCCCUCCAUCUCUCUCUCCUCCUCUUCCUCCUCCUCCUCCUCCUCCGCUUCUCCUCCUUGAUCUCUCUCGUUGACUGUAUCAUGUCUUCCAAAUCUCCCCCUCCCACCAAGUCCCUCUCACAGUCCCCCACCUCCCCCUCUGCCGCCCGCAGCACCUCACUCUUGACCAUUCGUAGCACUUCACUCUUCACCCUCCGCAACGCCUCCCUCGCCUUCUUCGCCGCCCUCCUCUUCGGCUUCUGGAAGCGCAACAUCGAGCCCGCGCUCGAGCUCGGCGGUAUCUGGCGCAUUGUCGAGCCGCACGGGACCGAGGGGUGUCGACUAGUGAGCGAGUUGCAGGCGUGCGAGAAAAUCGUUGUCCACGAGCCAACUGGCCUCGUCUACGCCGCCUGCUCGACCAUCGCAGACCGGAAGGCCUGGCUCCCUGCUCUGAACUACUACAAUGCAUCUGCGAGGUCAGGAAACGACUACAUCGCCCUCUACGACCCCGUUGCCGAUUCCUUUGCUAAACUAGACGUCAUCGGUUUGGACGACCCGCGGGGACUGAGCUUGCACGGGAUGGACGUGGUGCCCUCUUCGGAGGAUCCUGACAUGUUGUGGGUGUAUCUGGUGAACCACCGACCGCCUGUCGGGGAUGCUGAAUCGUCCACCCUCGCUCACUCCGAAGAUCCCUCCAUCGAGAUCUUCACCACGCGCGCAGGGAGCAGCGAGCUGCGCCACGUUCGCACUGUCGCGGACCCGGUGGUACUCCAUAGUCCGAACGACGUCGCUGGCUCCCCGGACGGGAUGGAAUUUUGGUUCACGAACGAUAUGAAGGACGUGGAUGGGUGGAAGGUGGGUGGUGCCAAACUCUACAUGAUCAUGCAGGUGGCCGCCACCUCUGUCGGCCACUGCCACGUCGACCGCGGGUGCAAGAUCGCGCUGGACAAGCUGCCGGGGGCGAAUGGGAUCGUGCGAUUACCAGCAACACACCAAACUGGAAGGUUGAGCAAGACCGACACCAAGCUCAUGCUCGGCAGCGCAACCCGCCCCGAGGUUCGCAUUCUCGAGCGGCAGGCGGACGAUACGCUGGAGCUGACCAAAUUCCUCCCCUCAGACCUUCCCCUGGAUAACCUCACGGUCGACAAGCGGGGAACCGUCUGGGCCGCAGGCUUCCCCAAGGGCGCUGACCUCAUCUCGAAGCACAUCCCGGACCCGCUGGACAACCCGAGCGCGUCGACGGCGGUACGUAUUAGCUGUGCGAGCGGGAAGUGUACGGUGGAUAAGCCCUUCGAGAGCGACGGCAGCAACAACAUUGGCUCGGGGUCGACCACAGUCGCAUACGACGCAGAAAGAAAACGUCUGUUCUUAAGUGGUACGCAUCAUCAUUGUUGCUCGCACAGUCGACUCUUACCCGCGCGAUCAUGA